GGCCAUAAAAUAGGUGUCGGGAUCCGUCUAACUCCAGACCCUUCUAAAGCUUCAUUCAUCCUCUGAAUAUCUUGUGUGGUACAGCAGAACCUCUUGCUAAAAUGAGCCUGUCAGCGAAGGAAAAAGUAAUCGUCAAGGACUUCUUUGCGAAAGUCUCCAGCAGGUCGGACGAGAUCGGCGCCGAGGCUCUCGCCAGGUUGAUCGUGGUGUACCCCCAGACCAAGUCUUACUUCGGCCACUGGAAGGACCUGAGCCCCAACGGCGCUCCGGUUAGGAAGCACGGCAUCACCGUCAUGGGUGGCGUGUACGAGGCGGUGAGCAAGAUCGAUGACCUGGCCGGUGGUCUUCUGAACCUGAGCGAGCUGCACGCCUUCGUUCUUAGAGUUGACCCCGUCAACUUCAAGAUUCUGUCCCACUGCAUCAUGGUGGUCUUGUCCAUGUUGUUCGCCGAGGAGUUCACCCCUCAGAUCCAUGUUGCGGUGGACAAGUUCCUCGCCCUGGUGGCCCUGGCUCUGGCCGAGAAGUACCGCUAAAGGACCAAUCAGCACUCACACCCGAUGUGGUCCUCAGUGUGGAAAUAAAAGGUCUUCUUUACUGAGAAAUAAAA